AUGGACCUCUUUGACCAUGGCGCUUAUUUCGGGUCCCAUGUCCCAGUGCAGGCGAGCUCUCAUCCUCUUCUAAAGCAUGCAUCAUGUGCGUGCGCAGCAAACCAACUAGGUCGAGCAGAAGGUGCGAAGGCCAUCAUCGGCGGCGAUUGCUCACAAGAGGCGAGGAUGGAAGUAUUUGAUGACCCGUCAAUAGAUUGGGGAUGGGAGGGAGCGUAUCAUUACGACAAGAGCAUAGCUCUGCUAAUGGAAGCAAUGCAGCAAGAUCGAAACGAGUCUUCGCCAAAUAGUCCGGAUGAUACGGCGCCUACCUAG